UCAAGAUUGUAAACCAGAUUCCUUUCCAAUGGAUAGCAAGCUUCGCUUAAGCAUUCAAGAUGAACAUUACUUAGAUGAUCCUUCUGUUUACAGAUCAUUAGUGGGAAAGUUGUUAUACUUGACAAACACCAGACUUGAUAUCAGCUUUGCAGUCAACACGUACAUUGGCUCAAUUCAUGCAGAAACCUGGAAAAUCUCAUCUAUCUGCUGCACAUAGAGUUUUGCGUUAUCUUAAGUCUCUAUCAUCAUCUGAUUUACAGUUAAAGGGUUUUUCAGAUUCAGAUUGGGCAAGUUGUGUUGACACAAGAAGGUCCAUCACAGGCUAUUGUAUGUUUUUGGGAGAAUCUCUCAUUUCAUGGAAAUCAAAGAAGCAACAUACAAUAUCUAGAAGUUCAGCUGAGGCAGAGUAUAGAGCCCUAGCAGCAUCAGCUGCUGAAGUCAUUGGUUUGCUACAACUGUUCAAAGAUUUCAACAUUCCUACUUCCAAAGCUACCAUUUUUUGUGAUAGCUAAUCUGCUAUUGCCCUUGCAGCCAACCCCAUUCAUCAUGAACGCACAAAACACGUAGAAAUCGAUUGUCACUUCAUCAGGGACUGGGUCCAAUCUGGCAUCAUCCAUACCCUUUUUGUUCCUAGUCAACACCAAGUUGCUGACUUGUUAACAAAACCACUGGGCAGAGGGCUUUUUCAGUCUCUAUUAACCAAGAUGAACGUACAAAACUUGUACUCUCAUCUUGAGGGGGGGGGGGGGGGGGUCUUGGCACUCAAAACAUACGCUACAUACUUCUCAUGCACACAUACAAAAUAAAACGGAUACAAAAGAAGCCAUGUACACGUGUGAAAACUAACAAGAAUUAUCCGGAAAGUUCUAGAUAAAAUAGUUGUUACAAUUCUGUUAUGUUUACAGCCUAUAAAUAUACUUCUUGUAGCUUGUUGCUAUGAAUGAACUGUAUGAAUCUUGUAAUCUCUUUUCAUGAACAAACGGCUUCUCCUCUUUCCAUACUUGUGUAGCUUUUAUCUUCAAGUUCAGUAGCUUAGUUAACAAUUCCAGAGCCCCUCAACCCAACCUAGCUACCAAGAUAGUUCUGUCUUUUUGAAACGAAUUAUAUAUAUACAUAUAAAAUAGGCACAGCGUGC